AUGAGUGAGAAGUGCCAAGAAGCUUACAAGAAGGUGCAACAAAUAAUCACCAAGCUGCCCACUAUGAAAGCACCUAUUCCGGGGCUUCCUCUCAAGCUUUAUUUGGCUGCAACAAACACAGCAGUGGGGGCUUUGCUUGCUCAAGAUGAUCAUGACGGGAAGAAAGUCUCAUUUAUUACCGCUUGCGGCAUUACUUCCUUGCUCACAAAGCUACAUCUCAUGGUGAAGUCCGAUCCCGUAAUAUAUUUGCUUACAAGGUCGGUGUUAUCCGGACGCCUUGCACGUUGGCUGCUACAACUGUCCGAGUUUGAUAUCACCUGCACCACCCCAAAAGCCAUCAAAGGGCAGGCCGUGAUUGACAUGUUGGCUCUAUUUCCCUUAGUUGAAGAAUCAACAAUCUCUAAGGAAGUUCUGGGGGAGCUGCCGGAAAUGGUUGCUGUAGUCACAGAGGCAGAACCAUGGACCCUCUACUUCGAUAGGUCUUCUACAUCGAAGGGUGGAGGGGCAGGUGUGGUGCUUGUCAAUCCCGAGGGGCAAUCCACGACCCUCUCGUUUAAGCUAAAUUUCCCAUGCACAAAUAAUACGGUAGAGUACGAAGCUUUUAUUGCAGGGAUGUCUACAGCAAGGGAAAUGGGUUUCAAAAGAAUUAAAAUUAUUGGGGAUUCAAACUUGGUGCUGAGUCAAUUACAAGGAAAUUUCGCCGUGAAGGAACCAGCAUUGGCACCAUAUCGUACAGCUGCUGAAAGGCUUGUUCGUUCUUUCAAACAGGUUGUGUUGGAACAUAUCCCGGAGUCACUAAUAGAUAUGCUGAUGCGUUGGCCACUUUGGGGUCGAGGCUCUCAUUUAUUGAAGAACAGCCCAAUAUUGCAGUAA